AUGCUGUUGCCCGGCACCUGUCUCCGAGGCGCCAGACCGGGGUAACCGUAGUUACGGGACCACCAGGACCGCAGCAUCAGCACCACAGACGGGGAGAGAGGUGGGAGGGAGUACUGCCAUCAGUGGUGCAAGAGAGCCAGACAGACACCCAGACAGACGGCUUAAAGAUGACUCUUGCCGCCUACAGAGAGAAGAUGCGAGAGCUCCCCCUGGUGUCUCUGUUCUGCUCCUGCAUCAACCCGCAGACCCUGGACUCCGCGCAUUAUAAGGCGGAAGACGCGGUGGACCUGGGUCUGGGCUCCAUGCGGGAUGUGGAGGUGAUCCCGCUGAGCCAGCGGGCGUCGGGCCAGGCCUUCCAGGUCAUCCUGCGGCCGCCCUCCUUCGACGGCGUGCCGGAGCUCCACGGGGCGCUGGGCCUCACCCCCCGCCGGGACCCCUCCCUGGAGGAGAUCCAGAGGCGGCUGGAGGCCGCCGAGGAGCGGCGCAAGUGUCAGGAGGCGGAGCUGCUGAAGCACCUGGCGGAGAAGCGGGAGCACCAGCGGGAGGUGGUGCAGAAGGCCACGGAGGAGAACAACAACUUCAUCCGGCACGCCAAGGAGCGGCUGCAGCAGAGGAUGGAGAACAACCAGGAGAACCGGCAGAACCGGCUGGCCGCCAUGCUGGAGCGGCUGCAGGAGAAGGACAAGCACGCAGAGGAAGUGAGGAAGAACAAGGAGAUGAAGGAGGAGGCGUGUCGGUAGAGGAGGGGGGCGUGUCCACGUGACUUGAAGAAGGGGCUUGUCCUCAAGGAGGGGUUUCUGUUUUGGAGGCGUGUCUUAAGAGGGGCGGGUCUGUGAUGGAGGCGUGUCUUGAGAAGGGUGUGUUUGUGAUGGAGGCGUGUCCUAAGAGAGGCAUUUCUGUGAUGGAGGCGUGUCCUAAGAAGGGUGUGUCUGUGAUGGAGGCGUGUCUUAAGAGAGGCGUUUCUGUGAUGGAGGCGUGUCCUAAGAGGGGUGUGUCUGUGAUUGAUGUUUAAAGUGUUCUGCUCUGAAGCAGCCAGUGAAGAAGUCUGAUUUCUACAUGGGGCGGGUGGGGGGGGUUAGGUAAACAAAACAUACACACUUACACACAUUAACACACAGUCUGACACUCUCGCACAAACAUCAACACACUACACCCAGUUGCUAUUUUGUAAAGGUUCAACGUCUGCAUGGUCGUUUUGUGGCGUUCUCUGGUGGAGUCGAAGCACAGGUCGGGGCCUGGAGGGUCAGCUCAUCAGGGGGGAGCUCUGACGCGUUUAAACUGCAGGGUGUUUCUCAAAAUAAACGUCUAUUUACACUUUUU